AUGAAUCUACGAUAUCUCCGAUUUCAUUUUCGUCCAUUGUUGAUUCUUGAGAGAGCUGCAGACCGACCGCGGAACGACGAAUCAGAAGAAGAAGAAGACGAUGAGGGCUUACCGUUUGAGGAGUCACCUCCUUCUACCAGCUCUAAUGGCGGUCCUUUUGUCCUCAGGGAUCGGCCCGGACCAUGCCCGAGCUUCCAAUUCGGCUCCCGCCUUCGUUCAGAACGUCAUCUACUCCAACAAGAUCGCCAUUUUCUCCAAAUCUUACUGCCCGUACUGUAUGCGCGCCAAACUCAUAUUCAGUGAACUACGUGAGCAACCGCACGUAGUAGAGCUUGAUCUUCGAGAGGACGGAUCCGAGAUUCAACGUGCUCUCCUAGAUUUGACGGGAAGGCGCACUGUCCCACAAGUAUUCGUGAACGGCAAGCUUGUCGGCGGUUCUGAUGAUCUUACAGCUGCAUUCAUGAGCGGACAACUCCAGAAACUUCUGAGCAGUAGCUGAUUGAUGGGGACGCCUACUGGUAAUGAGAAAGUUCCGUCUACGUUGAGACCCCUCUUCUGGCGCAGGCUUACAUCUACAGAACAGGCAGCGAGCAAGAUUACUUUGUUAGCUUAGUUUAGUGCAGUAAGAUGUAUAUAACUCUGCUUCACGUCUUUGUUGGAUCAAGUUUUCGGAUAGUUUGGGGUCAACAAUAUUCAGAGACGCAUGUAAGGCAAAAAAUAAAAUAAAAGAUGCAUUUGCGCGGUUCUUGUUAAAUCA